AUGGCCGAUAUUGUAAGACCAGCCAUAACCAUGCCAGAAGGCGGCUUCUUCAGCGUCUAUGCCGAAGCCACAGUCGCCGCCCCACCCUCUGCUGUCUACAAAAUCCUCGUCGACACAUCUACCUAUGGUGAAUGGAAUAACUUCGUAUCCUCAGUUGCCAUCAACAAACGUCCUGCGUCUGACUCGGACUCAAAUGAUGCCCUUUUGAAAGAGGACAUGAUCAUGACCUUCACCGUCCACAUGUCUCCCACCAUGACCACCCAAAGCAAAGAGCACGUCCUCCAAGUCGACGACUGCCCUUCCACCCCUUCACCAGGCAAAAAAACCAUCAUACGCUGGAUCAUGGCCAACAAAGAAAACUACACGCCCAAAUUCUUCUUGGCUGCUGAGAGAGUAAACGAGAUUGAGGAUUUGGGCGAUGACACUUGCAUAUACAGAUCUUGGGAAACAUUUGGAGGUCUUGCUGCAAGGAUUGUGAAGUGGAAGUUUGGAGAGGGCUUGCAAAAGAAUUUUGAGCAUUGGGUGAAUGGAUUGAAGGAGUAUGUUGAGGAGAAAGAGAAGAGGGCAAAUGAACAGAAAGAUGCUGUGGAGAUGCCUGCUUGA